AUGUUAAAAAUUAUGUCUGGUUGUCAAGUUUUUAGAAAUUGUUUGAUAUUAUGUGAUGAAACAUAUUCAUUUAAUAUUAAUAGUCUUUCAAAAAGUGUAAUGGUCAUAUAAGAUAAAAUUUUGUGGAAGCAAAGCCAAUGUCAUGCUAGAUGUGACCUUUUUCAGUGGUCCUUCACCUGUCUAAAUAGUGUUAGGGGGAAGUGGAGAGAGAGGUACAUGGCUUCCAGGGUCUCUCUACUUUCCCCCAAGAGAAUUACUAGAAUUUGUCAUUUUCCUUUAAAAUGCCAACAUCUUGUCAAGCAGAAAGAUGAUGUACUAAAAGAUAAAGUUUGAUUUAUUACCACAUUCUUAGAAUGGAAAUUAUGAGAAAUGUAAAGCAGACAGUAAGGAGAGUUAAUAUUGAGAUUCUGGGAGAGAAAAGGUUUGAAAGGGUACUAAAUUAUAAUUUCUUCUCUGUUGCAGAUGGAAACUGUGGUCACAUCAUCUUUACAGAAAGAACUGGAGAAUUUAAAACUCCAGAUUACCCAAAGACAUAUCCAAGUCAUUCAAAAUGCUCCUGGUUGAUAAAGGCACCUUCAGGAUACAAAAUCAAAUUACAGUAUUUUGAUUUUGUGCUGGAAAGCAGUUUUAAUUGCAAUAGUGAUAAUGUUAAAAUUUAUGAAGGGAAGAACAGUUCUGCCACACUUAUAGGAAAGUAUUGUGGAGAAAAAAAUCCAUUUAAUGUGGAAACACCAAGAAGUUAUAUGUAUAUCACAUUCAAGUCUGACAGAUCUUUGAAUUAUCGUGGAUUCAAGGCCUCAUUUGUCAUGGAAGCAAUGAGGCCCAUAAAAUCUAUGAUUUUUAAAAGAACAUUGAUGGAUACCACUGUAAGAGUUGUUGGGCAACAGGUUAAAUUUACUUGCCAGGUCAAAGAUGGAAGUCUAAAUAUUGUUAUUUCAUGGACGAAAGAUGGAAAAAGCUUGAGUCGGAGUAAAUCAAACUUUACCAUGAUCAAAAACAGUUCUUACAACAAGAAAUCAACUCUGUUGUUGACCAGAGUGUCAAAACAUGAUGCUGGAGAGUACAACUGCACAGUGGAGGACAUUGAUAUGGGGAGAAAAAUCUCUUCCUCUGGAAGCCUUCUUGUGAAAGAAGCAGCCAGCAUAAAACAGGGCCCCUCUACCAUGAAUGUCUCAACUGGUGACACUGUUGUUAUGAAUUGCCAAGCCUAUGGAGAUCCCAUUCCUAGGAUACGUUGGAAAGUCAACGGAGAAGAAAAGACAGCAAUGGCCAUCCAAAAGAACUUCACCUCUCAGCUGAAAUUCACAGCAGACAUAAAUGCAGUUGUGAACUGUACAGCAGCCAAUCAGUUUGGAAUGGACUGGAAAGCUACAAAUAUUGUUGUAACAGCUCCUGUGAUACUUACCACUGUGACAGAUGAUGACUCAACAACUUUUGCACCCAGCUGGUCUUCACCUGUGAUAACUAUAGUGCCAGCCAAUUUGACUGCAGAGCUGGGAGCUAAUGUGACAUUAAAAUGUGCUGCAGAAGGAGAUCCUAAACCCAAGAUCAGAUGGCUGACAGAGGGUAAAUAUUACGAGGACUUACCAGAAGAUGAAAAUGGAGUAUCUCUCUUCACUCUAACAGUUAUUAAAGACAGGACAGCUAUACAAUGUGAGGCAAAAAAUAACCACAAUAUCGACUCAAAGACAGCCUACAUUACAGCUGCUAAAGUUGAUGCAGCUGUGGAGUCUAAUCCAUCAUCAGGAGUUUCAACUCAGUUGACCAUUAUUUUGGUCAUGGCAUUUGUUGUGUUAGCUGUCUUGUUCAUCCUUUGUGGGGUCCUUGUCAUGAAUCGCCGUAGCAAUUUCAAAUUGAAAAACUUACCAACACCUGUUGAUUUGGAGAACUUACAAAAUAAUCCAAUAUAUGAGCAGCACACAAACUAUUAUGUCAACCCACAGCUACUGAAUUGGCAGGUAUCAAGAAACGGGAUGGAAUUCAUCAAAGAACUGGGACAUGGAAAUGGAAACUUCUCAAGCCUCUUUCUUGCCAGUGUGAAUGAAACCAAAGUGGAAAAUGACAAGGAAAGAAAAGGUCCACUCUUUAUGGUGAAAUUGCUCAAAGAAAAAUACUCUUUGGAAGAGGAUAGAAGGAACUUUGAGAAAGAUGCUAUUGCCCUGACCACAUUUAGCCACCCAUAUGUGCAAAAUUUGUAUGGUGUCUGUGUGGACAGCCCGCCUCUGUGCCUUGUGUUUGAGUUUUCAGAGCAUGAUGAAUGCUUGCAGCAAUUUCUCAUUGAAUCAGGCCGUGGUCAUUGUUCAAUCCAUCGACGCACUGAUAUACAAAAUGCCAAACCAAAGCUGUCAAACAUAGAUCAGAUAUCCAUUGCCAAGCAGAUAGCAAGUGGUAUGGAAUACUUAGCAGAUAAGGGUUAUGUCCACAGAGAAUUGUGCACCAAGAACUGCAUCAUGGGCAAAGGAAUGGUAGUCAAGAUCUCAAACCUGGGUUUCUCUUGGAAAGGUCCAAAUAGUGAUUACUUCUCCUUGGGAUCCACAGAGCGAGCUGGCUACCCUGUGAGAUGGCUCCCCCCUGAAACCCUCCAGUAUGGUGUAUUUGAAGAGGAUACUGACAUCUGGUCAUUUGGUGUUGUAUUAUGGGAGAUUUACUCUAGUGGUUUAACGCCAUACUAUGGAAUGAAUGAUGAUGAAGUUAUUUCUUUGGUGAAUGGUGGAGACAUUCUUCCUUGUCCAAAAGAGUGUCCCAAAGAAAUGUAUGAAAUUAUGCAAGGCUGCUGGAAGUUGAUGCCAACUGAGAGGCCAAGGUUUAACUGCAUUCAUCACCAGAUCUCAUCACUUUUCAAUGGAGUGCCUGUGUAACUGUGUUGCUUUCCAGUAACAAUGAUUUAUUUAAGAUAAGGGCUGCAGAAAUGUUUAUGAGCACCACAAUCAGAACUUCUGAUUGAAAUAACACUUCUGACAAUUUGCUGUUAAUAAGUUCAUACUGAGGAACAAUUGAAGAAUGUUUGUUAAAGGUUCUUUAAUUAGAUUGCAUAUGAAUACUUUGCAUAGUGUCUUAAUUAAUAAUGUCUCAGACUUGAUUUCAUUAAGUCACAGCUUUGGGACCUGCAUGAUGAGUAAACCCACAAAUAUAAUUUUUUUCUAGUUUAGAAAGUAAAUUUACCUUUCCAUUAAAAUACAUAUUUAUAUAUUUUUGUAUAUUUUAUUUCAAAAAAAUUAAGAUUGCCUGUUAUCUGUAAAUUGACUAGUUAUUGUUUGUUGACCGAUGUUGGCAGAGUUUUUGUACCUUGUUUCUAGCAUAGCUUUGUAGUAAUUAAUCACUUUGUAUGUUUUGUCAAGGGUUGAUGGACAGGUGGUAAAAGGGACCUGUUCUUUACUUAAACUGAGGUAUGAAAAUUGGAAUUUUACAAGACAGUUUAAAGUGGAUGAGUAUUGAAAAGAAACUUAAACAAUGUUGCGUGUUGUAGAGUAAACAGUGGCAAAAUAGAGACUUGCAUUAUCUAAGUAUGACAUACCUAUAUCUGUUUUUUUUUAAAAAAAGAACUGCAAACAAUGUUAAUAUUUAAUAUAAGUUUAAAGUAGGUCAAAUCAUGUAGUGCUGUUGGGAAAUGCUCAAGGUUGCCUUGCUUUUCCAGUUAGUGGGAUUUUUUUGGAUUACCUGGUUUUUACUUGGGUUGUCCAAUGUAAGAACAUAUGAAAAUAAAAUUAUGGUGGAGCAUUUUCUGAAGCAAAUUAUGUUGAGGAAGAUUUCAUUCAAGGGACAGAAAUUGAGUACAGUUGGGUUGAACCAGUACAGUUUAUUGUUGAGUGUUGUGAAUAAAUACUCAAAUAAAGAGAUUUAACAAUG